AAAAUACAUCGGAGACGCGUUCUUUCAACGAUUGACAAGUUUCAAAACGACGCGUCGCAGAUCUCGAUGAAGACGAUUUGUGUGCAACGACGUGUGCGUUUGUGCUUACGAUAAGUGUAUCUGAUGUUAUUUCACAUAGAAUCGUUCGUUUCCAAUUGCACUUUAUUUCUCGUCUUUUUCUUCCUUCGGAGCCUACGUCUAUGUCGCUUUCGGGAAGCGAAGAGUGCUAUGGAAAUGGACAUGGCUUAGGUUAACUUCUUUGUUGAGUAACAUGGCGGGACUUGUAGAGAGAAACUUUGCGAAAUCCACCUUUUUUCGACUCAGGAUAUUGUUUUAGCAACUUUUUGGAAUUAUGGUAAUACGUUCCCGCAUAGCUUUAUUCUCCUUUUAAUCGGUUCUAGAUUAUUGAUUACGCAUCGUCGGUUGCAAGGCAGUCGCGUUGAAAACUGUCGGAUUGCUCCUUGCUGUAAUGCUGUGGAUUAUCGACGAAACUUGGAAAUUUUGUUAGUCAUUUCAUUGAUUUAACGGUACGAACGGAGACUCGGCGGAAGACGUUUAAUCAUUCUUGAAGUGGUAUCAAAUAUUAUGUUUACAUUUUGCUUUACACUGUGCUUCGACUGAACUAUUGCAGCAAUUAGAGCAGCUGUUUUCAGUAAUUUCAGAUUGGAUUUUAUGUGAAAUUAAAUGUUAAAUAUGGGAUCUUAACUAUAAAUAGGAGAAUCUCGUGUAUAUAUAUUUUGAUGAAUAUAUACUGAAGAUGAACUGUGUUGUAUUGUAGCUCAUUAUUUACUAUACUUUAGUUUUACUUUGUGCAUCCUUCUGAAAUUGUAGUCGAGACAGUUCUCUCGAUUACGCCAAAUUAUUGUGGCAAUUGCAAAUUGGUGAACAAGAUGGGCGACGAAAAUAAUACAGAAGAGCAAGCGAAAAGCCAGCGAAAUAAGGAGACAGAAAGUACUUGCAAGAUAUAUGUGAAGCCACCUCACGAGAUAAUGAAGCCACCACCUUCAUUGAAAAGUACCAACGACGAUGUGCUGCGCGCUAUCCUCAAGGAGAUGCCGGACGAAGAGCUGCAGGAGUUCCUCAAUGAAGAAGAAUUCAUGGAAGGACUGGAUGUUGUGGAUGCGUGGGAAGGUGACGAAGAUAAAAAUCGCGAGGCUGAACACCUCCCGGCGGACUCAAUGGAGCAGCAAGAGAAGCCAGAAUCUAGGAAACGAUUGGUGGCAAGAGCAGUGAAUGAUGGCGAGAGUAAUUAUAGGGAACGUCACCAGCGUCCGGCGCGCGAGCACAAAGGAUCUAAAGACACGAAGGAACGCGAAAAGCCGAAGAAAGAAAAGGAAGAGAAGAAGCGCGAGGACAGCCAACGUCGAGAUCCCGCCAAGAGCACCAAGGACAUCGAGCGCGACAAGAUCCGGACGAAGAGGGACACGGAGAGCAAGCUUCUUGCGGAGAAGGAGAAGGCGAUCAAGCACCUGCUGGACUCGGACAAUGUGGUGCCACCGGGGACAGAGGUCGAGGCCAUCCAGAGCAUCGCCGAGAGGCAGAAUCUCGAGCGGGCGCAGCAGCGCGAACGCAGGAGCCGCGAACGGCGCAGGAGCGUGGACCGUUACGAGCGUAGAGCGAGCCCGCCGCGGCGCAAGAGUCCCGACAGGAUCAACAGAUCGAGUCCUCACCGACGUAUCAGUCCGGAACGUCGCAGGAGCCCUUUCGGCAGAAUGAGCGCCGAGAGGCACAGGAGCCCGCUGGGCUACAGCCCGGGCGGCAAACGCAGGAAUUCGCCGCGUUAUGUGUCCGACCGCAGGAGCCCCAGCUUAUCGAGCCCGGAACGGCGAAGAAGUCCGCGACGACUCAGCUGGGAGCGGCGAUCCAGCGCUGACCGACGAUGGAGCACCGAGCGACAUCGGAGACGCGACAUGCACGAACGAAGCCGGAGAAGCCGAUCUCGCGAUCGGAGGAGCCGCAGCACGGAACACCCGAGAAGAAGAUCGAGCCGCUCGCCGAUGAACCGGCGAUACAGUCCACGUCGGCGCAGUCGUACGCGCAGCAGAUCGCCGGAGAAACGGCCGCGCAAACGUUCACCCUUUAUCAAUGAAUUGGCGCGACAGUUAAGAGACGAGUCGUUGAAGCCGCCGUCGGGCGGCAACGCGAACAGCAACAGCGCCGGCGGAUAUUCGGCGACGCCGAUGCUCAACGUGCCCUACCAGUCGGACACAGCAGACACGGGCAGGCAAGUUCUCGGGGGACCGGUUUACAUGCACCAGCCGGGCCCACGGCCGCCGUUACAGCCGCCCCCGCAGCCACCACCGCCUCCGCCGCCGCCGCCGCAGUCGUCGUCCGUCAUGCCGGGUUUUAUCAACUUCGAAAUGCCGGUCGUGCCCAUGACCUUCGAGAUGCCGAUUACUCCGCAGACGUUGCCCCCGGCGGACUACUCCUCCGGCCCGGUCAUGUACAACCAGUCGAACGCCGUUUCCGUUCCGGCCCCUCCACCGCCACCCGGCGUCCACCCGCCUUUGCAUCCUGCGUCGGCGUCCCCGCCCGAACCUGUUCCCGCUCCGAUGGAUCACGGCCAGUUGCCGUAUAAUCCGUCGCUCAUGUCCUCUGCCCAACAGCCGAUUCACCAGUUCGAAAACAAACCCUCGAUAGCUGCCCUCGCCGCCGCCGCGUCGUUGCAGAGCUACGAGCAGAAAUCGUCGUACAACAACGCGCCGUAUCAUCAUCAGCUGCACGACCAACGACUGAAGACACCGGAACCGCCAGUCAUCUCCAAGUCAAAACAAUUCGAAAAGACCAGCUUGUCCAGUCUAUUGGAAGCAUCUGUCUCGGCCAAAGCAGCGAAUCCAUCUAAUAUACCGGUGUUAUAUCCAGGAUUCAAUCCUGAAAUAAUGCGAAACUGCGAACAAGCACUGUGCCAGCUGCCGUACGAGGACCCGCGUUUAAUGAUGAAGGGUCGAUUUUUCUACGUUCGCGACGAGGAAGAGACGAAAUACGAGACCGAGGACCACGGCUCGAACUCGAUACUGCUGCAGAAGAGCAAAACCGCGAUAUACUGGGAUAAUCAGGAGAACCCGGAGCAGUUAAUGCCGGCCGCCUGCGUGAAACCGACCACUAAUACGCACCAGAAAAUCUGUCAGACGGACAGGGUGGUGACGGAGACGAAGGGCGUGCAGGUGUCCGUCGUCAUGGUCGACAGCGGGUCGCAGGUUUACCCGCACGACAUUCAGCAGGCGAACAGAGAGGAGAGGCGACCGAUAAUGGAUCGUCUCGAUUGGGGUAUGCGGGAAACCUACGACUAUGCGGCGUCCAAGUUCCGCGAGGACGAUCUCAGGGUCCACCUGAGCAACUCUUCGCAGAGGCGCUCCUGGAACCGGCAGGUGUCUCCGUCCAGACGAUCCGAGACGAUCGACCACGAGCACCGUUCCGAUCCGGUUGAUCACGGCUCCAGGAACGUGAGAAUGGACUCCCCGUUCAAGAACAGAGACAAUUAUCAAGGUCACCGAGUACGCGACCACUACGGCCGGUACUCGCCGGAGUACCACGGACGUUCCAUGGAGCGCGACGACUACCACGAGCGAAGGAGUGAGCACAGUCGCGGCGAGAGCCCGAUGGAACUGGAAGACUCCGAUGAGAACCACCGCGUCGACGACGACGACGACGACUUAGUGACCGGCUAUGCGUUCCAAAGGGAACCCGAGUGGCACGGAAGAGGGAGAGCGAUGAGAGGUAAAGGUCACAUUUACAGAGGAAAGCACUCGGGGGGCAGGCCGUAUCGGAGUCGCGGAGGCUACCGGGGCAAGUUUUAAGACCGUUCGUCACACUGUUCGCGUCAUCGGAGCGACGAGAUCGCUUCUCAAGAACGAUUCUCGGCGAUGGUUACACGUCGGGCGACUUUGUCGAACGGUCCCAGGGAUACUGUGCGCGUCUGUCGCGCACAGAUGAUAAUCCACCGUUUUGUAAUCCAUUGUUUGUUAUUGCACACAGGAAAUAAAACGAGUCGCAAGAGCGGAUAAGCACGCAGCGACGAAGUCACAACUUCCAUCGUGCGAAUGCCCGCCCGCGACGUUUAUUCGUAAUUAUGGAUGAUCAGAUGAAAAACUGUAAGCACGGCGCCUCCUUGAACAUCCUCGACGCCGCAUGAGCGGCGAGUCCCCCUUUGUCAAGAGAUCAAUUGUGCAAUAUCCCGGUGAAACCUGCGUCCCGCCGAGAGAAAUAGAGAGAGAGAGAGAGAGAGAGAACACGCUGAUGCUGCUAAUCUGUGCAGAAGCUGUAACAGUAUCUUAAUUGUAACGUAUACAACAACGUAUGUAGAAUCGUACACGUUGUAUACGUUAUCUCGUGUAUCUGUACGAAAACUUUGGCAGACAAGCAAGAGAAGAAGAACGGACGCGUCUCUCGCCGUUCCGUCGUCCGAAGAUUCGCACGCGGGAAACCAAUGAUACACGACGCACCGAUGAGUGUUCGCCCGACGAAAAGAGAAGCUGCUCCAUGGGACGACGUAGAAAUCUUCCGAAGUGGGCGCGACAAGAUGAGGACUCGAACGUUGAAAUGGGUUCCGGUUUGUCAGCGACGGAUACACCGGCACGGCUUAUCGAAUAAGCUUGCGCCGAGCACUUUGUUUCGUCGUGGAGAUAUUUUUAUCAUAGAAAUAGAUCGUCGUGUAGUGUCUGUGUGCGCGCGCGUAUCCGCCGUUAGACCAUGAAUAUACUCUCAUCGGCCGGAUCUCGCUCUCUUUGCGGGGACGCUAUUUUAAGGCAGUUACGCUGGAAAUCGCGUCACGUCGGUGUAGGACACGGGAAAACGUCCAGUCGGGCUGUAAAUUUUUUUCUCUCGAAUUGCGCGUGCGGCCGAGAGACCUUCGCAUCUUGCGUGUGUAUUGGUCGCUGACUGUGGUUAACAGCGGCGCGUGCUCUGCCGUUGCUCGUCGUGCAUUGCGUCACAUAUGCAAUGUGUGUGUGCGUAUGCCGUGCAUUCUGUAGAAAUUCAUCUUGCAACGGUCGGCCGGCACGCGUCAUGUGCGAUUUUUCCUCCUACCCGAUAAGUUUUAUCUCGACGUGCGCGCGCUCGCUCGCUCCUUCCCUCCUUCUCUCCCUCCCUCUCCUCCGCGGAAGGUAUCGGGAUUUUGCGCGGGGAAAAGUACUUGUUUUAUCGUGCAGUGCCAUCUUAUCUCGCACGAGACGCCGGUAGUAACGGUCUCGUCGACGAUAAUCGUUACUAGCGAUACUUUGCGAAUAUGCGCGCUGUUGUUUGCAAAGUUGUCACUCGUUUGACAUUGUCCACACGAAUCCCCCUUGUUGUCGUACACAUCGAAAAAUCCAUCUGUUUUAUUUUCCUUUUGCGAGCACUUCGCUCGAUAAACAUGAUAUGAUGUUCGCAGACAAAUGCGCGAAGUUCCCAAGUACUCUGUACUGAGAAGUAUGAUUCUUCGCCCGAAAUCAAAGAUUCGUAAGCGACGUUAUAUGUAUCGUAGGGAGUAUUUUUUUUUUUUUUAAUAUAAUUCGCCUAUCUAUGUAUAUCGAUAUUAUUCUCAUUACUUUGUAGUUAUAUGCGACGUUAAGAGAUCUUUAUCCCUUAGGUUGGAGAUCAGACGUGUCCCCAGAGUGCUGUAAAUAUGUAAUAAACCUGUAAAAAGUUUGAUCAUUUGAAGAAUUCGGAACCUUUACUCGCAUAAUUGCGUCCUAUUUUUACAACCGUAUUGGUUUACAGUUACAUCUCCGUGCGAAAUAUAGGCGAUCGUGUUUAUUCGUUUAUAUUCUCGCCCGCAGGCAAGUGAUUCGCUACAGUGAUCCGAGUGACUGUACAGUAUCUAUUUGUAAUAACGCGACUAAUGUUCGAAUUAUGAUAUUAUUGAUACGAACGACUACUGUACCUUGCGGUUAUAAAAAGGAACGAAUAAAGUCUUUUCACAAUUUA